AUGAUGGGAGACCGAUCACGCAGCAGGUCCCCUAAUCGGCGAGACGAUGGCGCCCGAGGUCGACCGAAAAAGACCGGAGGAUUUCGCUGGAAAGAGAAGCGGCGCGACGACGAUGACCGGGGCGACGAGCGCAAACUAGAUCGAGGCUACAGAGACCGAAACGAUCGCCCUCGCUCACCGCGCAGAGAACACGACGGCGACAAGAACAGAGAUGGCGACCGUAACCGCGACCGACGACGCGACGACCGAGAUGCACCACGGGAAGACGGCGAGAAGAAGGAGAAGAAGGAAAAGAAGAAGAAGGACAAGAAGCCGGUUCUCCCCCAAUCCGGCGAGCCCAUGAUUGUGGUUCAUGUGAAUGAUCGUCUGGGCACCAAGGCUGCAAUCCCUUGUCUGGCAUCAGAUCCAAUCAAACUAUUCAAAGCUUAUGUAGCUGCCCGCAUCGGUCGUGAGCCUCAUGAAAUUCUUCUCAAACGCCAGGGCGAGCGUCCCUUCAAGGACCAAUUAACGUUGGAGGAUUACGGAGUGAGCAACGGAGUACAACUUGACUUGGAGGUCGGUACCGGAGAAUGA